AUGGCUGUCGCAGUCGUCAACAAUAACGAUAUGCUAAUUUCCUCUUCCGCCGCCAGCGCCAGCGCCAGCAGAGUCGAGGUUCGCUCCGUGUGGGCUCAUAACCUCGACGAGGAGUUCGCCCUUAUCCGCUCCGCCGUCCCGUUCCACCCCUUCGUCGCAUUGGACACCGAGUAUCCUGGCGUCGUCGUCGCUUCCAAAAAUCCCUACUGCACCCUCACCCUCCCCCAGCGCUACGAAUUGAUCCGCGCCAACGUCGAGGCCCUCCGCAUCGUCCAGGUCGGUCUCACCCUCUCCGACGCCGCCGGCAACCUCCCAUGUGUCAUCUACAGCGACGGCACUUGUGUGAGUUACGUGUGGGAAUUUAAUUUCCGCGACUUCGACAUCAGCCGCGACCGUUACGCCCCUUCCUCCGUCGAGCUGCUCAAGGCUAAUGGCAUCGACUUCCAAAAGAAUCAAAUAUGGGGCAUCGACUCUUGCAGAUUCGCCCAGAACUUGGCCACCUCCGGCUUGCUUUCCUUUGGCCAUUUUUCUCCCGUCUCCUGGGUUACCUUCCAAGGCGCCUAUGACUUCGCCUUCCUAGUCAAGAUGCUGACAUGCGACUGCAAAUUACCAAAGACCGUUCGUGAGUUCUUGCACCUCGUUCACUUCUUUUUCGGCAAAAGGGUGUUCGAUGUGAAGCACCUUUACGGAGGAUUGGAGCGGGUGGCCUCUACCGUCGGAGUUGAGCGAGCAGUGGGCUCUCGACAUCAGUCCGGCUCCGAUAGCUUAUUAACAUGGCAGGUGUUCUACCAAAUCGCCUCUCGCGACCUUCACACUACCCUCGAAGAUGAGAACGAGGAGGAGGUGCCAAAGAAUGGGGAGGAUUUCGAUUUUGACGGAGCCGUCGUGGAGAAGGCAGCCGGCGCGAUCGGGGUCAAAUUAGGGUUCCAUGGGAAGGGACAGGGAGAGGGAUUGGGUGAUCGAACUCAUUGUUCUCUGGCUCCUUCCUCAACGCCAACGACCAGUCGGACACGGUCGCGAAGGUGGGCCGGAUCUACUCCCGCGGCCUCCUGCCUCAGCUCAUCUCCUUCACCCUUUAUUACCCAAUGCGACGAUUCCUAUAGGCUCAAAACAUCAUCAACCCCAUGGCCGUCAUCGACGUCGCCGUCCUCCUCUUCCAUAUCCUCAUCUCCUAGCUUGCCAUCUUUGUCCUUGACUUCGACCUCCUCGGGGCCUCCAUCACUCUCAGCAUCCCUUGGUGGGUGCUCGUCCUCUCCACUUGGCUCUACAUCAUCCUCAUCCCUUCCUACAGGACCACCUGGACUGACCUCUCUAUUAAGGUCUUCACCGACAUCUGGCUCUUUUUCAAACUCACUGUUUCAUCAACCAUCAUGCUCGUGUAAGUCAACCCUCCAACUUUCUCCCCCUCUCUUCCUCUUCCCCCUCGCUCAAACUCACAUUCAUCAUAGCUUGGAGAUUUGGCACAUCCAAGGUUUCGUGCUGAUCACAGGCUACCUCCUAAAUCCAGAAAUCUCACUCAAUGUCAUAUCUAUCUGUGCAAAUUAUUGGAAUUGGGACUUCAUGAUCAUGCUCGGCUUGAGCAAUGCCGCAAGUGUGAGGAUAGGGAAUGAGUUGGGGGCUGCUCAUCCUCGAGUCGCUAAGUUUGCAGUCCUUGUUAUGGUGACGACCAACUUGAUCCUUAGCUUGAUCAUCAGUGUGUUGGUCCUCAUACUGCACACGCUCUUGCGCAAGCUCUACACCAGCAAUCAUUAAUCUAACUCCUCUACUUUCCAUCUCCAUUUUCUUGAAUGGAGGUUUGCCAAUUCUGUCUAGUACAACAUUGAUCUAAAAUUCUAUAAUUAUUUUUUUUAAUGGACGACUAGCUUCAAGUGUUCACGAGGAUGGAUGAUGUAGGAGUUGCUAUUGGAAGUGGGUGGCAAGGCAUAGUGGCUUAUGUAAAUGUGGGUGCAUAUUACCUAAUUGGACUUCCCAUCGGCAUUGUUUUUAGAUUCAAGUAGUUUAGCUACUACUGUAAGUGAAAACUAAGAUUUAAAUUACUCUUUUGAUCUGUUUUGAUUUAGGAAAAAUAUUAAACAAUUGUUUUUGAUGCUGCUGUGGCUCAAGGAAUAUGGUGGGGAUUGAUCAUUGGAGUCUUUGUUCAAACAAUCUCUCUCAUCGUCUUAAUUGUCAGGACAAACUGAAAAAGAGAAGUUCUCAAACUGUUGCUCACUCAUGAAACACUUUUUUUUCAUAAAAAAAUAUCAAAAUUUUCAUUUCUGAAAAUGGUGAUAGAAUUUUUUCCCUCUUUUAGCCCAAUGAAAUAGGACAUAUGAGAAUGACCUCUGUUUGCAAGUGGACAAAGCGAUCAAACACUUGAAGCAUACUGUUGAUGAAGAUACUUUAGCGAUAGUCGACGACAUCAAGUGACUAGUCAGCAAAAUUCUUUACACACCUACAAGGUAGAAAAUCUGCAAAAGCUUGGUGAAGAUGAAGAAUAUGCUCGAAUUAUGGCAAGACUAGAAGAACUAGAAAAGAUAGAGGAGCUUGAAAAUAGAAAUACUUCAAAAGAUAACACUCAAAAGAAUGAGCACAGUUCGUGAUGGAGAUGGGGGUAGCAAAGCUAGA